CGGCUGCGGGAGGGGGAUGGUAGGAGUGGCCGAAACCUCGGAAAUGGCAGACGGGGGCCCCAGAGGCGAGCCCAGGGCAAGUCCCUGGUGAGGCUUCAUCUAAGAGGUCGUCUUAGACCUGGAGAUUGCAGGCUUCCCCCGGAGAGGGUCUCUUUCGGCAUCGGCCCACUCCUGGCCUGCAAGCCGAGCCGGAUCCCCCACCCUUUCUGCUCAGGGCUGUGGUCAUCAUUUUCCAAAAGCCAGACGCCCAUCCCAGAUGGACAGCCUUGUUUACCCACUACUUCCUCUCCGGGGAGAACGCCAGGGUUUGGCUAUUCGGAGCUUUCUCCUUGCCCCCAAGAUGGCCUCAGAUACUUGUGACCUCCUGGGGUUGUUUACCAGGAUAGUAACUACGUGCGACCUGUUGAUAGCUGCCAUAGGCCAGAGACCAGGAUUUGGGUGCAGGGGCAAGUGAGGCUCUGAGACGCUUUCUCGCCUUCCAGGGCUGGGGGAAGCAGCCAUGCCCACUUGGGAGGCUGGCUCUCUGUCCCCAGACCGCUUUGCCGUGUCUGCGGAGGCAGAAAACAAGGUGCGGAUGCAGCAGAGCGAUGUGGAGCGCAUCUUCAGCGUGAGGAUGAGCGUCCUGCCCAAGGACUGUCCCGAGAACCCUCACAUCUGGCUGCAGCUGGAGGGCCGGAGGGAGAGCGCCAGCCGAGCCAAGGAAUACCUGAAGGGUCUCUGCAGCCCGGAGAUGCAGGAUGAAAUCCACUACCCACCCGAGCUGCACUGCAUCUUCCUGGGAGCCCAGGGCUUCUUCCUUGACUGUCUGACCUGGAGCACAUCAGCCCACCUUGUGCCGGGGGCACCUGGCUCACUGGUGAUCAGUGGCCUGACUGAGGCCUUUGUCAUGGCUCAGAGUCGGGUGGAGGAACUGACGGAGAGGCUGAGCUGGGACUUGCUGCGAGGGCCUUCCCCUGCAGCCUCUCAGAAUGCUGGAGUGCUGAGAGACUUCUCUGCCCUGUUGCAGCCCUGGGGGGAGGCCCAUAGCGAGGCCCUGCUGCGGCUGCCCCUGUCUGUCCAGGAGGAGCUGCUGAGUCUGGUGCAGGAGGCGGCCAGGGGGCAGGGGAGGAGCCUUGACUGGCUGGGUGCUCAGCACCAGGGAGUCAGAGAUUCCCCAAGUGAAAGCAAGGAGUCCCUGGACACUGGGUUUGUGGGGUGGGAAGAGCCAAUGGGAAGGAGGGGAGAGAGCCAAGCAGGGGAGCAGGAGGGAGAGAGGAAGCAGUGUGGUCCCAAGCAGAUGGAUUUGGGGUGGAAGGAGCUGCCUGGGGAAGAGACCUGGGGGAGAGAGGUGGGCUUCAGGCCACAGUUAUGGAGCGGAGGGGCAGGGGCAGUGGGGCUGCUGAAAGGGAAGGCUCCAGGUAAGGAGGGGGUGACUCAGGAAACAGGAGGGCUCUGUGUGCAGGGUGAGCCUCCUGGUGCCCAUGGCCCCUCCCAGAGGGGGACUCAUCCCCGGGGAGCCUCCCUCCAUCAGCGGCUCCACAAUGGGCAAGCCUCGCCCCCAAGAGUGCCUAGCCCUCCACCUGCGCCUGAACCCCCAUGGCACUGUGGAGACCGGGAAGACAGGGGAGACAAACAGCAGACUGUGGUCCGAGGUCGGGGAUCCCCAUGGAAACGAGGCCCCCGUGGGGGCAACUUGGUGACUGGCACCCAGCGUUUCCAAGAGGCCCUACAGGAUCCUUUCACCCUGUGCCUUGCCAAUGUGCCUGGCCGGCCAAACCUCCGCCAUAUUGUCAUUGAUGGCAGCAACGUGGCCAUGGUGCAUGGCCUCCAGCACUAUUUCUCUAGCCGGGGCAUUGCCCUCGCUGUGCAGUACUUCUGGGACCGAGGCCACCGUGACAUAACCGUCUUUGUACCUCAGUGGCGCUUCAGUAAGGACGCCAAGGUCAGAGAGAGUCACUUUCUGCAAAAGCUGUACUCCCUCAGCCUGCUCUCCCUCACCCCCUCCCGCGUCAUGGAUGGCAAGAGGAUCUCCUCCUAUGAUGACAGGUUCAUGGUGAAGCUGGCAGAAGAGACCGAUGGGAUCAUUGUCUCCAAUGACCAGUUCCGGGACCUAGCAGAGGAAUCGGAGAAGUGGAUGGCAAUCAUCAGAGAGCGUCUGCUGCCCUUCACCUUUGUGGGAAACCUCUUCAUGGUCCCAGAUGACCCCCUGGGGCGGAAUGGCCCCACGCUGGAAGAGUUCCUGAAGAAGCCAGCCAGGGCGAAGGGGUCUUCUAAGGCUCAGCACCCUUCCAAGGUCUUCAAAGAACAUGGUAAUCAGCAGCAGGGGCGAGAAGAGGAAAAAGGCAGUGUUGGCAUCCGCAAGACCCGGGAGACUGAGCGGCUCCGCCGCCAGCUGCUAGAAGUGUUCUGGGGUCAGGAUCACAAGGUGGACUUCAUCCUGCAGCGGGAGCCAUACUGCCGGGACAUUAACCAGUUGUCAGAGGCCCUGCUCAGUCUCAACUUUUGAGCCUCCUCUGCCUAAGUGGCUGCCACCUGUUGGCUCCAGCCACACACAGCUCAGCCCCUUCUGUGAGAGUCCCUCUGCUGCUCUUUAUCUGACCCAGACUCUCUGGGUUGGUGCUUUGGGUGAGGGAAGCACUGAAGAAGAGCAUUUGAAUGUGAGGAAUGCUCUUGCCUGGGACACUUUAGGGACAGGUCUAUAAAGUGACCUGAUCUCAUCUCAAGUCAGGACCUCAACCGCUUUUGAGAGGUUCUGCUCAGCCUUAACGUCUCAACCUCACCUUAGCACAGGGUCUCUAGGGAGUGGGGCUGCUGGGAAGGUAAGCCGUGGAGCUGGGUUGGGGUGGAGGCCAGGGUGGGCAGGAGGUGACAAGGAAGCUGAGCCGUUCCUCUUCCUGCUGCUCUGGAUGAUGAGGAUGAGCUGCUUCCCAGGCCUGCCGAAGCUCCUGGGGGUGUUGACGGGAAUGCAGGCCCUGCAGGGCCUGUGGUGGUAGCGGGCUGGGUUGCUGCGGGUGGCAGUGAUUUGGGGAAGGCACAGGGAGACUUGGCUUCUGGUCUCGGCAGUGCCUGUCUGUGACCUUGGUUGAGCAGCCUGCAUUUACUUUUGCCUGUAAAUCAGAGGUGAAGAUACUUGUCGGGAAGGAAAGUGAGAACAGAGGAAAGGUCCUUGGAGGAACAAGUCUCAGGUGUGUCUGCCUGUGGCCACAUGGGCUUCCUGACCAACCUCACUUCCGGGGAGAUGUAGGCUGUCUCCAGGGCCUGUGGCCUUGAUUUGAACACUGCGUCCUCAGUAUAACAUGCCUUACCAUGGCUGCUUCCCUUUGGGCAACUUCCAAAAUCUACAUCUGCAAAAUAGUUAAACUAGGGGUGACUGUUUUCAUUACCAAAAUACUCUCAGGGUUCCUAUAAAUGGCAGCUCUCUCAUUGCAUCCAAAUGUUUGUUUAUAGAUUAACAAAUAUGUCUGAAAGUCCUGGGUUAGAUACUUUUGGUGAAGGAUUCAGAGUGUUCACCAGACCGAUGAAGACAGGCUCGGCCAUGACAAUGUGAUCUGACCCUUCCUCUCCUCUACACCAGGCAUCCGUUGUAUAAAGCGAGGCAAACUUC